AGACUAGGUUUUUCGCUCCGGCCGCUGUCGCUCUUCGCCUUUCAACCUUCAUCGCCCCCUUCGUCUCUAAUCUGCAAUCAUGGGGAAAACGCGUGGUAUGGGAGCUGGGCGUAAGCUCAAGUCUCACCGUAGGACUCAAAGAUGGGCUGACAAAUCUUACAAGAAAUCUCAUCUUGGGAAUGAAUGGAAAAAACCAUUUGCCGGUUCGUCCCAUGCCAAGGGCAUUGUCCUUGAGAAAAUAGGUAUUGAAGCUAAGCAGCCGAAUUCUGCUAUUCGUAAGUGUGCUAGAGUGCAGCUGAUCAAGAAUGGCAAGAAGAUUGCUGCUUUUGUUCCCAAUGAUGGUUGUUUAAACUACAUUGAAGAAAAUGACGAAGUGUUGAUUGCUGGAUUUGGGCGUAAGGGGCAUGCCGUGGGAGAUAUUCCUGGUGUUAGAUUUAAGGUGGUCAAGGUAUCUGGAGUUUCACUCCUUGCCCUCUUCAAGGAGAAGAAAGAAAAGCCUAGGUCUUAAAUCUGUCCCUUUCUUUUUGUAGUGGCUGAGAACUCACUGUUUUGAUAUAAUGAUUCAAAUAUUUUGAGUUUAUUGCGUGACAAUAUACCUGUCUUAUUUAGAUGAUUCAAAUAUUUUGAGUUUAUUGCGUGACAAUAUACCUGUCUUAUUUAGCUUA